GCAGGCUAAGAAAAAUCAACCAAAUAAUGUUUAAUUCAUGUGUUUGUGAACUACACUGACUUAGUAACUGAGAAGAAAAUUCAUCAGGAAGUCCCAAUAUCUGAAUAUUGAGUAGGCUGAACCUGAGCAGGACUUAAACCAAAAGAACACGGAUUCACUUAUCCGGUCAGCAGAGAUCGACCCUUAUGAGAAGAUAUGAAGAGGUGGGUCUCCUCCUUGUUGAAUGCAGAGACAACUGAAAAGAAGUAUUGUCAAAGGGAAGGAGAGGACCCGAUUUUGGAUAGAAGCCCUGCGGCUCAGAUUGAAACAGAUAUGGCAGAAUCAUCCCAAUCACGUGGCCAUGUUCUGAUAACGGGAGGAGCGGGAUACCUAGGAUCUACGCUUGUCCCUAUCCUAUUGGAGCAGGGUUAUGAGGUCACGAUUUACGAUAUCUUUUUCUGGGGACCUACCUCCAUGAUUUCAUUCGCAGCCAACCCAAGGUUCCACAUCGUCCGCGGUGACAUCCGAGACAAACAGUUGCUCGCCGAACACAUGCAUGACAAAGAUGCCAUUAUUCAUCUAGCAGCCAUCGUGGGAUACCCUGCUUGUGACAAAGACCCGGAUUUAGCUAUUGACACAAAUGUCAUUGGGACGAGAAAUAUCGCCGAACUUAAAACACCGAAUCAAAAACUUAUCUACGCGAGUACAGGGUCUUGUUAUGGAGCAGUGGACGGAAUCUGCACGGAGGAGACACAAAUCAGUCCCCUAACUCUGUACGGAAGCAGUAAAGCUGAUGCCGAAAAAAUGGUUCUGGCUGCGAGUGGAGUUGCCCUGCGUCUGGCCACUGUGUUUGGGCUUUCACCUCGACUACGUCUUGACCUUCUCAUCAACGAUCUUACGUACAAGGCCCUCACCCUGAAAGAAUUUGACUUGUAUGAAGGAUCUUUCAGACGCACAUUUUUGCACGUGAAAGAUGCUGCGCGUGCUUUUGCAUUUGCAUUGAACAAUUACGAAAAAAUGAAAGGCGAGGCCUUUAAUGUAGGCGACGAAGCCAUGAAUAUGACCAAAUCUCGUGUAGCUCAGCUUAUUCAGGAACACGUGAAGGGGUGCGUAAUUACGGAGUCCAAAUCGGGCGAAGACAAGGACAAGAGAGAUUACGAGGUCUCCUACCAGAAGAUCCGGAAGCUGGGCUUCGGCUCCUCCAUCUCUGUAGAGGAGGGAAUACGAGAUAUGUUAAAGAUCCUGCCGCACAUUGAAACUACAGAUGUCUGCAAAUUCAAAAAUGUGUGAACAAAACUGUAAGUACACGGAGGACGAAAUAAGCUGUUCAUAACCACAAUACUCCUAGGGUUACUUAUGUAAAAGUGAAACCAGAGACAACAAUAAUAAUGCUAUUUAUGUCUCUGGUUUAACCAUCAGAUGGUCUGCCUUUUUUAUUCCAUUUUUUAUAUAGAUUUUUAAUCAAUUUUUUUCUUGUACAUAAUUUAAGACUUUAUUAAAUUCGUUCGCUUAGCUGAAGUUAUAUAAGGAAAGCUUACAAUGUGUACAUGUACCGACUUUUUCCCUUGAAGAGCUAAUCUUGAAAAUCUUCGGUAAAUUGAUGUCCACUCAUCAGUAUUUUUUUUCCUUGGUGUGCACUGUGUCUUUUUGGAGUAAAUAAAGAAUUUUUUCCCUCUA